AAAAGAAGAAGGCGGAAAGCAUGGUUUCUAAUAAUAAUACUUUAUAGUAACAGAACAGAGAGAGAAUGAUAGAAUAGAAGAAACAACCUCCUUCACAUUUCCUCAUAAAAACUGCUCCUCUCUCUCUCUCUCUCUCUCUCUCUCUGAAUGAAUCCGAUAUUCAGAAGCGAAUCCUUGACUGGAACGGGUAGUGUUUACCCGUAUCCAUAUUCCGCCAUUACAGAGGUGGAGAAGCGGCAGUUAUUCUUGAGAAGUUAUCAGUUUAGCAGGAAGCAAAGCGGUGGCCAGAGGGUGAAGAGAUCUCUGUUUCGGGUGAAGAAACUCAUAUGGGUAAAGCUUCGUGCUGCGAAGAAGAUCCACAGAAUGAUCUGGAUGAAGAUACGCCAUGGAUUCUUCUUCUCCAAUGGGUUUAGGAGGAAGAGGUUCAUUCGUUUAAAUCAUCACCACAAUCCUUCUUCUUCACUUUGUUUCUGGUAGGAAUUAUAGGAUAAUGUUAAGUUCGUUUGUUUGUUUGUUUGUGUUGUUGUUUAAUUUAUUGUGAUGAUCAUAUAUUUGUGCUAAUUAACUUGGAAUUUGGUAGUAGUAAGGAUUAAGGAAAUGGUUCAUGAUUUCAA